AGCCAAAGGCCAUCAUGCGGUGUAUUAUAAAAACAUACCUCAUGCGAUGUAUACAAUAGUGAAACAUGAUGGAGUUAUUGCAUUGCAAAGAGGCCUCGCUCCUGCACUGUGGUUUCAGUUGGUUGUAAAUGGGAUUAGGUAUUUACCAGCAAGCAGACAACUACGGCAUACUAAGAGAUGAGAAGCACAAUACAAAAUUUGCGAAUAGCUUCGCUGUCGGCUGCAUUUCUGGCAUGUGCGGGGGGCUUGUAGGGAGUCCGUUACAGUUGGUGAAGACCCAACUCAUGUCGUAUUCCUCUAAGAAGAUUGCUGUUGGAACGCAACAUGGUCAUCCUGGCAUGAUGCAUGCGUUAUCAAGGAUUUAUAUGAAAAACGGUUUAUUAGGCUUGUGGAGGGGAGCACAUGGUAUGAUGAUGAGGAAUUCGGUUGGCUCUGCAUCACAGAUCGCUGCCUUUUCUGUAUGUAAAGAAUGGAUGGAUAAUAACAAUAUGUUCCAACAAUCAAAGUACCUCAGCGCGUUCAUGGCUAGCAACAUUGGCGCCAUUACGAAGACCUUGACUCUGACGCCCAUGGAUGUUAUCAUGACUAGGCUUUACAAUCAAGCUAUCGACGCGCAAGGGCGCGGCCUUUUCUACGAAGGCAUAUGGGACUGUGCCAAGAAAAUAACCAAAACUGAGGGAAUUCUAGCGUUUUACAAGGGCGUUGGUCCGUCUUACUUCCGCCAAGCACCGCAUACAGUGCUGCUGCUCGUGUUCUGGGAUAUGUUGAAGGAUUUGCAGAAGAGCUUCCAAACAUUGAAAGCGUGAUCGACUUGUUGAUGAUUCAAUGUGAAAAUAAUUCAUUUUCGAACGGACAUUGAUAUUUUAAAUCACCAUAAUGCAGAAAGGUAGACUGUCUUUAUUUAUAAGAUGUCCUGAAUAAAUAAAGGUGGUCUAUCUUGCUAAAACAAAUAAAAAAAUCUCUUUCUUAAACUAUACUGUACACUACACUCCCCCCCCCACCCCCCUUUCUUCGCUCGGGUGUAAUUAUAUUAUGCACAUAAGAUAUGUCGCCAGCUGUCGAGGCAUUGUGAUCCAUAUACUUAUAAUUAAACGCGUUAUUUUUCGUUAGACUAUUAUGCGAAUAUCCCAGUUAUGUAUUAUGCUAGGAAUUUGCUUUUACCGAACAUCUGUGAAGUGCAGGUUGCGUUUCGAGUGGGGGUUCCUAUUUCUAUAUACAUAUCACUUUCGCUGUUCGCCACGGUUUCGCCCGUGCUUCAUACAUAUAACCUAUGUCUCUAAAUGAAGGUGCAGCUUUCAAAUGGUGAAGGAGUUUUUGAAAUCGGUCCAGUGGUUUUUGCGUGAUGACAAACAUACAAAAAUAUAAAAGUUUCCUAUUUAUAAUAUUAGUGUAAAGAUAAAAAUAACCGCAUAAUAAUAUCGAAAAAUAAUGCAUUAAGCCUAAGACUUAAAGCCCUAUAUUACGGAUCAUAAUUUUUCAACGGAUUACAAUUUUACGGUAACACUACCUUUCCCUUGAAUCACUCUAACUAUUAGAAAAACCCAUCAAAAUCCGUUGUGUAGUUUUAAAGAUCUAAGCCUACAUACAUACAGACAGACUACUAUACUACUACCAUUAUAAUAUGUUGUGAUAUACAAAUAAAUUUCCAAUUGAACCACUAUCUAUAAAAAAACUACUUCAAAAUCUGUUCUACGCAAGAAUCUUGCCAUACAUAGGGUCAGAAGAAAGCGGGAAGCUACUUAGAUUUUAUAAAGGAUGGAUCUGUACUCGAAUAUUAUUUAUCGAAGUUCCUCAUUGUGAAAAUAUAUUUCUAUGGUGUGUUUAUGUAUCGAUUGUACAUGGACUAUGAGUCCACAAUUUUUAAGUUUUAUUGUAACGGUAUUUUGACGAUUUUUUGGUAAGAAAAAAAAGAAAUCUCUUUUUUUAUUUGUGGAUGCGUUUGUGUUAUAUUUAUAUUGCUUAUGUCACAACAACACCUCAUACAUAUAUACAUACGCUUGAUAAACAUUAAACCUUAUUCUGUCGCAGUCGGAUAAAAAAUGGAUUUUUUUUUAACGAAUAACUCUGCAAUAUUGCAAAAUAAAAAAAUCGAAAGAAACUUCUUUGAAAGUAUUCAUUUAAUAUUAUAUAAUGUAGUAAAAGAUUAUUUUCUUUACGGAUGUUUAAAAUAUGAUUUUACCUAAGUACAAACGCCGAGACCUAAAUUAUUUAAAUAUUUAAUUUUUAAUUACCAUGUUAAUUAAAUUAACAUUAGUAUAGUGUGAUAUAGUGUAGGUAAAUAAACCAAUGAGAUUGAUAAUGUUCUGAACGAUUUAGUUUUGUUUAGUAGUGAAACCAAAGUACAAUGUUUUAAUUAGUUUAGAGUAGGAAAUAGACGUGUUGCAGGUAUGUAAUACCUAUAUAUAUUAUUUAGCUAGGUAAGUCUAAUAUUUUAGAACAGUAUUAAAUAGUUCACCAUAUUUUGCUUAUAAAAUAAUACAAUAACCUACCUCGCGGUAGAUAAUGUGUCAUUUUUUUCAUUGUUUUAUUUUUGUCAUGUAAAAAGGAACGAGUGAAAUAUCAGU